AUGGCUUCAGGUAGAACCUACAAGCUGAACAGCGGCUACAGCAUGCCUGCUGUUGGCCUGGGCACAUGGCAAUUGAAGAACGAUAAGGUCCGCGAUGCAGUGAAGACGGCUCUGGAAGCGGGCUACAGACACAUCGAUGCUGCUGCUGUGUACGGCAACGAAAAGCAAGUCGGAGAUGGAAUUAAAGCUUCCGGAGUUCCCCGCAGCGAAAUAUUUUUGACCAGCAAGUUAUGGAACACCCAUCACGGACCAGAACAUGUUGAAGAGGCUGUGAACAAAUCACUUGCUGAUCUUCAGACGGAUUAUCUUGAUCUUUACCUGAUCCACUGGCCUGUAGCCUUUCGACACUCCAAUGAAACCAUCCAGCCUGUCGACGCCAAGACAGGACUCAUCGACGUUAUCGACGUACCGACUAAGGAUACCUGGGCAGUGAUGGAGCGUCUGGUGGAUCAAGGAAAGAUUCGCUCGAUUGGUGUUAGCAACUUCACCCAUUUGAAAAUUGAUGAAUUAUUCAAGACUGCAAGGAUUCGCCCUGCCGUCAACCAAAUUGAAGCUCACCCCUACCUUCAGCAACGCGAAUUUCUUCAGUGGAGUAAAGACAAUCAAAUUUUGAUCACAGCCUACUCCCCUCUUGGAAACAACAUUUACAAUAUCCCCCGUGCCGUUGACGAUGACCUGGUGAUUGAGACUGCCCACCAACUUGGUAAGACACCAGCGCAAGUUUUGAUCAGCUGGGCCGUUGGUCGCGGAACGGCGGUUCUUCCUAAAUCAGUUACGGCUAAGCGAAUUCGCAGCAAUUUUGAUGCAUUUGUAUCAGACUUCGUACUUCCCGAUCACGCAUUUGAAUCUAUCCAGAGCUUAGAGAAGCACCAACGUAUGAACUUCCCAGCAAGACUAGGUGUUGAUAUUUUUGGGGAGGUCGGUGAAGCUAGCGCUCGGCAGAGUGCAGAGGCAUGGGCCGCGGAGCAGAAGAAGCUUGCGAACCAUUGA